AUGCCCUCAGGAUUCAAGCGAGUCAACCUCGCAAGCACGAACGACCACGGCAAGGAUAAUGACAAAGUCCGCGGCUGGAUCGAGAACAACGGCGGGGUCUACACUGGGACUACCCUUACUCCUCAAACCACCCAUCUUCUCUGUUCAGAGGUGGCCUGGGACCGAUCAUAUCCUAUUGUUGUUGACGCAAGAAGGAAUCCCCGCGUUUCAGUCGUCAACUAUGACUGGCUGAUCGACUCGUUCGUCAAGCAGAAAGCCCGCCCAAUGCGUGUCACCGCGGUGUAUGACUUUACCCAGCGAAAGCUCCGACAGCCUGUCAAGAGACCUACCAGAAAGACAUCGUCAGGCCAUAGCGCACCACUUCGGUCCCCUCCAACGCAAAUGCUAUCAUUAGAAAGCACGAUCCGCUCCUUCCAAGCCGCGCUCGACAAAGCCGAAGUCAACAUGUUCGCCGACGGCUAUACGUUGUACACGGAUCCCACAGAUGGCUUCACAUUCUCUCUGACCUUGGCACAGCCGAAGGCGGCAGAGGUGAUCGAGGAGCGCUGCAAUGUGAGCACAACCGGAACCUCUCCUAUACCAUCUAUCACCCUUCCCAUUUCCACGUCCUCCAACCCGCACCACCCAAUGCGCGUCUCCUCUCCCGCAUCGCCCCUUCGCAGCCACCUGUACAUCGCCGCCCGUACUCCGGCACAUCUUCUUCACACUAGAGUUCAGCUUUCUGACGCCCGGCUCUCAUCUCUCCAGCUUUACACGAACGUCGAUGAGUUCCCGCCAGUGUUUUGCAUGCUCAACAUCAAAAGCGAUGCCUUCGGCCGUGCCGAAACACACACUUGCGUGCCAAAGGGGACCGUUAGGGCUUUUGCGAUCGAGAUGUGGCGAAAGAUGUUCCGGCUGAGGACUGGGCGGGAGUGGCUGGAUGUGAUGGGCGGUGGGCAGCACGCUACGAAAGGGGAAUGGAAAUGGGAUGGAAGGGAUGUGGUUUGGACUGUUGGCGAUGAGGUCGCGAACACGAGUGCGGCCAAGCCUGAAGCUAGUGGAAAGGCGGUCAAAGGAGACGUGGACAGGGAAAAGGCCGGCAAGAAGGCAGAAGGAGUAACGACUGACAAGAAGGACACGCCGUUGAGUGACGACUGCCAACCUGGAUCCCACCCACCACUUACGCAGAAGACUCCCGCGCCGCUCAACUCCGCGAGUGGCAGCAAGUUCCAAAAGGACGCAGCUCAGAGCAAGAACACGACAAAGGGCGCAGUCAGCAAGCCCAAAAGGCUGCAAUCGGCAUCAAAACUCAAGCCUGCUACCGCCAACAUGAGUAGGAAGGCAGUACAGUCGAAGGCCGGCAGGGGAAAAGAAGCCAAGUCCCAGGUUGUCAAGCUCUCACUGCCCAGGUCUACUGCAUCGAAGACCAAGGCAACAAGCGCAGCCAACGCGAGUAUGGAAUACAGACAUCACUGGACACUCUGCCCCAUCCGAUAUGGGAAGCGCUGCACUUGCUGGUUGUCCGGUCGAGCAGCAGAGAGCCGGGAAGUUAGCAUCUGA